UCUGGGUUGUUUGGUUACAGCUGAUAGUCGCGUCUUCCGCUGCCUCCAUCAUCAAUACGACACCGACUGCGACUAUUAUCGGGAAAAAAAACAUCCAUUGACAACAUUUCAUUAUCCUUCAGAACCGCUUGGAACGGGGCCAAGGGUAUUUUUAACGGACAAACGGCUGUUACGAUCGUCGUGUCUCGAAACCAACGGUGGUGCUGAAAACAUGUGUGUGCCUCCAGUACCUCCUUUAGCCCUUGAAGACCCACACUGCUUCCCAGUGUGUGACGCUGAGUGACUCUCUGUCCCCUUCUAACCCCUCACCCCUGACCCCUCAUCAUGGGCAGUGUGGGUAGUGGAGUGGCAGGGGAGCAGGAGUUUGCCAUGAAGUCCGUGGGCACUAGGACCACCCUGCCUCGUGCUCCGCCCCUGUCUCGCCGUUGCCCCGCCGACCGUAGCUGCAGCACCGAACGACUCCCCCCACCCCCAGCGACAGCCUCUGAGGGAACCGCGUCUAGUGAAGAACGAGGAAGUAUUAGUAUUGGGACCGCAACUGGGAAAGACCGGCCCCCGGACUCUGACACAGACCGUACCGCUACAACUGCAUCCAACUGUGUCCGGGGGGAUACAGGGGUGGGAUAUGGAAACGGCGUAGGAAGGAGGGAGCAAGAGAGGGAGAGUGGAGGGAGGGAAAGGGAAAGAGAAAAGGAGAGGGCAGAGAGGGAUAGAGACAGGGUAGAGAGGGAGAGGGAUAGAGAGCGGGAUCGAGAGAGGGUAGAGAGGACGAGAGAGAGGGUUGAGAGAGCGAGGGAAAGAGAGCCACGAGGAGGGGUUGUGAGUCUGGAUGUAUGCAGUAACUUGGUGGGACUGGGGGGGAAUGACAUUGGAACUGGGAUGACCCCCCACCAACAAAGAGACACUGGAGGGACCAAAACAGACAAUCACAACAACCCGCCAAACCACAACCCACCCAAAAUCCUGCCUGUCUCUGGCAAACUAGAGCAGAACAACUCCGGGCUGGUUCGUCCUUCUGCCUUCAAACCAGUGGUUCCCAAAAGCUUUCACUCCAUGCAAAACCUCGUAGGCCAAACCAGUGGUGGUGAGGGUAGGAGUGCGGGGGGGCGUAGAGAAGGAGGAGCAGGGGGAGGAGAACCAGGGGCGGUUCCAGAGGCCCUCCUUCUAGACCAGGACAGCCCAGGAAGAGGCAGCUGCCGGGCAGAGGGAGCAGGAGGGGGUGAGGGUAAAGGAGGGGUCCAGGGGGGGAUGUCAGAUUCGGGGAGAAACUCCUUGACCAGCCUGCCCACCUACGCAGGCUCUGGGACGGGCUAUGUGCCCCCAGCGGCCCUGGGUACUCUCAGUGCUUCUACCAGCCAUAUCAACAGACUGGGGACCACAGCUGGAGCUGCAGCGGCUCAGGACAAGCUGGAGAAACCAGGCUACCAGAAUGGGCUGAGUGCCUCGGACAGUGGCCACUCCUCUUCAGGAAAGAGCUCCUCAUCCUAUCAGAGGCUGAGCCACCUGGGAGACACCCCAGCACCCCUUCGCCCCUCGCCUUCCUCUGAUGAUGUCAUCCAAGACCUGGAGGACCGGCUCUGGGAGAAGGAGCAAGAGGUGCAGCACAUGCAUCGUAACUUGGACCAGAGCGAGGCAGCCAUCGUCCAGGUUUUUGAGGAGAAGCAGCGCGUGUGGGAGAGACAGAUGGAAGAGCUGCGACAAAACUAUGCCUCCCGCCUGCAGCAGGUGACACGCCGCGCCCAGCGCUCCCAGAAUGCCCUGCAGGCCCAGAUCACCCGUCUGUCGCAGGACAAGCGGCGCCUGCAGGAGGAGAUGCCUGCCUUACUGGCCCAGAGAGAAGAGCUGGAGAGGAAGUGUCUGGACUUCAGGAAGGAACAGGCCGACAUACUGCCACGCCUGGAGGAGACCAAGUGGGAGGUAUGUCAGAAAGCGGGGGAGAUCUCCCUGCUGAAGCAGCAGCUGAGGGAGAGCCAGGUGGAGGUGACCCAGCGGGCGGGAGAGAUGGUGGCCCUCAGGGGUCAGCUGAAAGAGGCCAACGCCCAGCUGAGAGACCGGGAGGAGGUCAUGCUGGGCCUCAAGGACUCCUACACCACCAAGAGCCUGGAGCUGGAGCGCUGCCAGGGAGAGCUGAGGAGGACGCUGACUGAGGUGUCUAUCCUGAGGGAGAAGCUGGGUGUGUUUGAGGCUGAGGUUCUGGGUCUUAAACGAACUCUGGGGGAGCUGGGCGGAGCGGUUGAUCCUGCCAUAACCCAAACCCUAGCAGCAGGAGGGCUACUCCCCCCCUGGGGGGCUCUCUACUGCCUCCGCACACCCACUGAGCCCUCAUCCACCCCCCUUACCCACACCUCAGAUGCCCUGCUCAGCUUUCAGAGUGAUGAGGCAAAAGCCCAGAGGCAAGAGACACAGAGACAGGAGAGGCAGCAGCGGGAAGAGGCCCAGUGGUGUGACAUGCAGCCACGCCAGGAGGCCCAUCUCCGUCAGGAGGCUCAUCUCCACCAGGAAUCCCAACUGCGUAAGGAAGCUCAACUUCGUCAGGAAGCCUACUUGCGUCAGGAGGCCCAGCAGCAGCGCCAGGAGGCCCAGCGGGAGGAAUCAGGGAACCUGCGUGAGCAGCUGGAACAGCUCCAGGGGGCCUUACGUCUAGAACGUCAGCAGAGAGAGCUCCAGGCCCACAGUUUUGACCAGGAGCGACACACAUGGAUUGACGAGAAGGAGCGUGUGCUGAAAUACCAGGCGCAGCUUCAGGUCAGCUAUGUGGAGACUCUACAGAAAAACCAGGCUCUAGAGCAACAGGUGGGACAGCUGGGGACCAAACUUACCCCCUCCCCCUCAUCCUCCAGCUCCCCUCCCCCACCACCAGCCUUGUCAACCCUCCCUCCCCUGCCCUCAGUCCCUCUCCCUGCCCCCAUUGCACUCACCCUCUCACCCCCGCACUGUGAGGACCAGAAAGGCCCCCAUUCCCUCCUCCAGCUGCCCCCACCCUGGGCAGGGCCCUCACGCCUGGAGAGGAUAGAGUCCACUGAGAUUUAGAGAGGCUCCAUUCCAAUGAAUAUCAACUUGAUUACAAACAACAAAAGACAUAUUAAACUACAACACAGAACUGCAACGCAAACUGUACCAUUGAAUAUUGUACAGUUAAAACAACCAAUGCAAACUGAACAGCAGAGAACAAUACAAUAGAGUUUAGACUAUGAACACAAACUAUAAUUGAAUACAAUACAGUAUUAAAGAAAACAACAGAAAAACAAACUGAUCUGCUACAUUAUAGAAUGCAAUAUAAACUACAUUACAAGCAAAGUACACUAUAUCUGAAUAUUAAACCUAAACUACUCAAUCCUGUCAAUGAUAAAGUAUCCAUUGCUUACCAGGCAGUCUUGGUGGGAAGCAGUGACACUCGAAUGGAAGCAAGAUUGGCACCAAAAGUUCCAAGAUGAUAACAUUCUGGUUAUUGUUCUGGAAGGCUUGGUACCAACCUGGAGGGUAGUUUGCCAAACUGCAUGUCUAUGAUAAUGGGACAUGAAGUCAGGGAAACCAGAAUCAUAUUUUAGAGGAAAAUCAGGGGCGAUGUUUUGCAGAAUGUGCUUGUCUUUUCCAUUUCUGGGGCGAUGUUUCUCUCAGAAGGUGUGUGAGAGGACUGUGAUGAGAAAGUGGAUGUGUCGGAAAAUUGGGAAUGAAAAAUCAAAAGUGUUUUUUUAAUAGGAGGAAAUUAGGAGAAUAGUAGUAUAGUUGAUUGGUAGUUGUUUGGUUGGUUCCAUUUCAGCUCAUUUCCUGAAGUGGCUUGAGAUUAAAUUUAGUCGAACUCUGAAUGAUUCUUAGUGUAGAUUCAGGGAUAUUGGAGAACCUCCCACUAGGCACAGAUGUCAUUUCAACGUCUCUUCGACAUUGGUUCUUCGUCAUUUCAUUGAAAUGACAUGGAAACGACAUUGACUAAACCAGUAUGUGCCCAGUGGGCUGGCUCUCUGGCUCUACAAACUGUCCGCGGUGACUAAAGAUGAACACAAGGGGUCAGCAUUGAGCUGUGUCAGAGCUCCCCACCAGCAGAGAAAAUUACUUGAAAAUGACUGUUUAUUCCGGGGUCUGCGAAAGAGACACGGAAACACACUGGCUUUACUCGGAUAUUGUCAUUAUUUCUACUUUCAGAUCAUGCUUUUAUGACCAAGAGUGGGAAGAGAGGAGAGGACAAGAGUGAGCAGAAAGAACGAGGUGAAAAAAGUGAGGACAGAGCUGAAACUGCCUUCAUAUGUAAAAAUAGGAGGCAAGUGAGAGUACAGUAGUGAAAGAAUGAGAUGCUUGGUCCAGAGAAAGGCUGAAUUAACUUUCACCCACCCAGCCCUUUCAAAUCAGCAAGGGUGCAAGUUUUCAAAAUGGGAUGCAUCCCGAAGAGUUAGAGAGCCAGACAAAGGAAGACAUUGCCUUCCCUAGGUAGGGUUCAGACUUACUGCACUAUGUCCGAUUGAGAUCAGACCGAAAGUAGACUCGAUUAGAUGUGAAUAGUAUGGCUUUUAUGUGUUCAUAUUUAUUCCAGCAUACCAAGAUACUGCGUGUGAAUAUUUAAAGAAAUACAAUUAUUACUAUUACAAUUGUUAUUAUUAUUCUUGUGAAUCGGACAAGUAUUAUAAGCUUUUCUUUAAUGUUUCUUAACUGUAUGAAUGCUAGUUUAGAUCUACUACAUGGUUCAACCAUAUUGUAAGAAUAUGUCGAACAUCAACUACUAACAAUAUCAACUAUAUCCAAAGCCAUUGUUAGUUUCUUUUUUUGUUGUUGGUGAUGUCAAUGUAAUUGCUGUAUUGUUUUAGUGAGGAAAUUGCCACCAAUGUUUUUGUACUUAUUUUAACGGUUUGUAUUUAUGUUACUGUAAUGGCUUGAUGAAGAUUACUCCUGGGUAAAAUCAAACUGAAUCAAUAAAGAUGCAAGUAAAUAAACAUUA